UGUAUGUAAUGAUCCGUAGAGUGUUCCCCUUUCUGUUGGCGGCUCUUUUGCGGCCGGUUCUCGGUGAUCCGGAUGCCCAAGCCCGCAUCAUUGGAGGCUAUGAUGUGGACAUAGAAGAUGUGCCUUACCAGGCGGAAGUGAUAAUAGAUGGCACUGCCAUCUGCAGUGGAGCCAUCAUCGGAGCACAAACCGUGCUCACGGCAGCCUCGUGUGUCCAGUCCUACAGUUCACUUCAGGUGCGCGUGGGCACCAGCUCCCGAGAUUACGAUGGAACUGGAUUGCUGUUGGAUGUGUGUGAUGUGACUGAUCAUCCAAACUACGAUUACUGGCGUUUCGAUAACAACCUGGCACUGUUGAAGCUGUGCUAUCCGCUCCAGACCUCCGACGCUAUCCACCCCAUCAGCCUAGCAGACGAAGUGCCGGACGAUGAUUCCUGGUGCUAUGUUUCCGGCUGGGGAUCCACCAGUUGGUGGGCCAGCUGGUGGGACAGGUGCUUCGGUAGUCUGCCCGACUAUCUUCAACUGGUAUGGGUCAGUGUCUACAAUAGGGAGCAGUGCGCCGCAGAUCGCGGUGUUUGGUUCGGACUCUGGGAUAAUGGCAUCUCGUACCUCACCCUCUGCACUCAGUAUGGCGCUGGAGGAUGCUCCUACGACACAGGAGCCCCCUUGGUGCAGGACGAUGUACUCGUGGGCAUUCUAUCCGAGGGCGGUUGCAAAACCAAACCAGAUGUCUACGCCAGUGUGGGUUGGUUCAAAGAUUGGAUUGCCGAGAAUACCGGAUAUGAGGAUACAACAGCUCCAACAAGUACUUCUAGUGAUAGUAGUUCCACUGCUGAGAGCACUACACCUGGUACUGUUCCUAGUACUGUACCUAGUAGUGUACCUAGUAGUGUACCUAGUACUACACCUAGUACAGAACCUAGUACUACACCGAGUACUGUACCUAGUACUACACCGAGUACUGUACCUAGUACUGUACCUAGCACUACACCUAGUUCUGCAGCUAGUACUGAAACUACUACUACACCCAGUACUGUACCUAGUAUUGAACCCAGCAAAGCACCUAUUACAGUACCUAGUACUGAAUCUAGCACUGUACCAAGUUCAACUAUACCUAGUACUGAAGCUAGCACCAGUUCAGUAUCUAGUUCUUCCCCUAUUUUCAGUACUGUAUCCAGCACCAUACCUAGUAGUGAAUCUAGUACCUUACCUAGUAGUGUAUCAAGUACCUUACCUAGUAGUGUACCAAGUACAGAAGCCAGUACGCUGCCUAGCACUGUACCUAGUACUGUGCCUAGUACUGUGCCUAGUAUUGUGCCUAGUACUGUACCCAGCUCUGAACCUGUGAGCACUGUGACAAGUACUAUAGCGAGUACUGCAUCCAGUGCACCUAGUGUACCUAUCACAGUACCUAGUAAUGCACCCAUUACUUCAGAUAGCACUGUACCAAGUACUGAGUCCACUACAUCGAGUCCUUUAACUACGAUCAUUACGCCAACCGAACCAACUGGGAAUCCUGAUAUCGGAGGAUAACAAAGAAGGCUUAGUAACGUGCCCCCGCCUGUAAAUAAUUAACUCUAAGCUAACUAAUUAACACCCCUCAAUAAAAGAAACUGUGACAUUA